AUGCAGUUCAGUCAUCAACAAAAAAGAAGACGAAAAACAACAACGGUUGUUGUUGCCGAUGAUUUUUAUUUACCUGAUGAAUGUUGGGAAAGUAUCUUCAAAUUCCUCAACGAUGGUGCUAACUAUCGCGAGUUGAAGUCUCUCUCGCUUGUCUCCAAGUUGUUUCUCUCCAUCACCAACCGUCUUGUCAUCUCACUUACGGUCUACAACAACGGAAUAGGUCCUUUUCUCGGUAGCAUACUCGGUAGGUUCACCAACCUCACCUCUCUCAAAAUCAAGCGCUACAAACGCAUUGAUUUUAAUGUGCUUCUCGGUCAAAUCUCUCGUUUUCCAUUGAAACUCUCAUCACUUAAUCUCUCCAACCAUCGCACCAUUCCCGCUGGGUUGCGAGCUUUCUCCCAAAAUAUUACAACUUUAACCUCAUUCACUUCCUCAAGAAUGGGUUCUAUCAAUAGCAAUGACUUGUUACUCAUUGCUGAAUGUUUCCCUUUGCUUGAAGAACUCAACCUGUGUUAUCCCCGUAAAUUUAAGGAUCAUAGCUUUCUUAAUAGGGUAGAGACUCUUUCAUUGACACUUUUCAAACUCACCAAGAUUAAUCUCUCUGGUCAUCACUACAUCAACGACACAUCACUCUUCAACUUGUUUAAGAACUGUAAGCUUCUCCAAGAGGUUAUCAUGUUUCGCUGUCGUAGCAUAACCAAAGUUGGCAUUGUUUCUGCUCUCUGUGAGAGACCAACCUUGAGGUCUUUGUCCUUUACUAAUUAUUUUGAAAUUAAAAACAUUGCAAUGUUGUAUGAACUCGUUGGGAACUAUCCUUUACUUAGUGAGAUUAAAAUGGAAUACGCACCACUUAGUGAGAUUAGUAUAGAAAAUUCUAAUUCUUUGAUGAAUUUUGCUGUAAGGCCCCAAUUGAAGUCUCUAGGUUUGGUUCGCAAUUGGUUAAGAGAUAAAAACAUCAAAAGGUUUGCUUCCAUUUUCCCCAAUUUGCAGCUGCUUGAUUUGAGCGGAUGUUGUAACAUAUCUAACGAAGGUAUUUUGCAGGUUUUAAGGAGAUGUGGUAACAUUAGACAUUUGAACCUAGCUUGUACUUGUGUGACGCUCGAUGGAUUGAACUUUGAGGUUCCCAAGCUGGAGGUGUUGAACUUGUCAUAUACAGGUGUUUUCGAUGAAAUACUCUAUGAGAUCUCAAAGAAUUGUCGUGGACUUUUGCAACUGUUACUGCAAUGCUGUCAUAAUGUCAGAGAUAAGGGAGUGAUGCAUGUGGUAGGAAAUUGCCUGCAACUCAAAGAGAUCAAUUUGCGGCGUUGUCAUCGAGUGCAUGCUAAUAUUGUUGACGAUAUGGUAUUUUCAAGGCCGUCAUUGAGCAAGAUAAAAACUCCACCUGGUUUUGAUUUGUGUUCCAAAAAUAGAGAACUCUUCUUGCGUAAUGGAUGCCUUGUUUACUAG